GUAAAGUUAUUUGUGAUUAUAAUUUGAAUAUCUUUUCAGAGAAUGAAUAAAGAUGGUAGAUGUUCUACCCAAGCUCCAGAACAUGGGUGACCCUUGGGUACCCCCUGCAGGUACAUCCAAGCACUACAACCAGAGGAAAACACACCUGCACUCUGGAACAGUUUUUACUGAUCAUGAUCAAGGCCAAGGUCCCAAGUAUUUCACUCCUGGAGGAGGGCACAGUGCCAGCAGGCGAGGCAGUAGAAGUGGUCAUAUGAGAAGCCGUAUCUCCCGAGGCUGGGAGCAGGAGUUUGGGACCUCCACCCUGAGAUUUCUGCCUGGACCCAGGCCAUCAAAGCACUCACGGAGGGCCAAGGAUCAGUCAGCCAGGAAAAUAGUGGAACAGGCAAAAUUAGGAGAAAGACUGGCAGAAUUCAAAAGUCAUCCAACAAUCUUUCCGGAGCCCCUGUGCCGUCCCUUUCAUGGCAGAGGAUGUUCCUGUAUGCCAUUUAGUGCGGUGAGUGUUACUGUUAUUGUUUUAUAAGUUUUUAUUUG